AUCAGAUAUACUGUUCCUUGCAUAAAAUUAUCCCGAUAGCAUUAAGCACUGUGCUUUUUAUACACAAUGGUGGGGUGUCUCGAUCAGCUCCCGCUGUUAACUCCACUGUCUUACAAUAUUCUAUACCUUCACAAUACAUGAGACUUUCUAGAGUCUAGAAUUAAUUUUCAAAUUACCGGUAUACAUUUAAGCUCAACCAUCGCCUUUUCCAUUUUGUCGCAUCCACCAUUAUCACAGAAACAAUAUUGAAGAAUGAAUGAAGAGCUUCGGGAUGAGCUCGAAGCAAUUAAUUCAAUCUAUGGUGAUGGCUGCUUAGUACCCUCGAAUGAAGAAAACAUUUACAUUUUAACACCACCUGGAGAAUCUUCAUCUCUUCGUAUAGAGUUCCCCCCUACUUAUCCUGCAGUGCCCCCUGUUGUUCUAGGUACUAAUAGUACCGGCGAGCAUGGCAGGCGUGGUGACGCUGCUCGAGAGUUAUCCUUAUUCUGUCAGGCCUUAAGUACUACCUACGAACCAGGAGCCGUUUGUCUCUUCGACGCCAUAGAGGAGUUAACUCGGCUUCUCGAAUUAUCAGUACCAGAAGAACCCCAGGAAGAGGAUACCACUGCCCCAGAAAAUACCGCAGAUACCCAGCCUGCGUCUCAAGUUACAGUAGACGCAAAGGAUAUCAACACCCGCGAACCUCCCUGGAUUAUAUCGGACCCUUUUAUUGAGCAGAAAUCAACAUUUGUUGCUCGGUGUGCUACCGUCACAUCCACCGAAGAAGCUGAGGCAUUCGUCCAGUAUCUUCUCUCCACCGACAAAAAAGUCCGGACUGCUACACAUAAUAUUACAGCCUGGCGAAUAAAAGGGCCCAACAACACUACAUUCCAAGAUUGUAAUGAUGACGGCGAAACUGCCGCGGGAGGUCGACUGUUACAUCUUAUGCAGCUCAUGGAUCUUUGGAACGUGAUGGUGAUUGUGACUCGAUGGUAUGGAGGCCAUAAACUUGGUCCUCGUCGUUUUGCUCUGAUCAAUCAAACUGCAAGAGAUGCAUUUGUCAAAGCCGGUUUAGUUUCUGAGAACCCGAACAAAAAGAAAGGUGCAGGAAAGAGUUAAAUAUAUGUGACAAACAGUGUUAAUCGCAAUCCAUCUUGUACUGUGGUAACACAAACCUCGGCUCUCCGCCUUUCAUAAACUCCCUGACUUUGGGGCGCAUACUGUCCGUCACUAACACCAA